CUAUAUUCCUCAUUCAAAAGUGACUAUGGUUUCAAGUAAAUUGAUGCUGUCAUUGUAUUGACAUUCAAGGAGAGAUCAUUACAAUGUUUUUUUUCUGUCCGUGUCUCCAGUGAGAUCUCUUAAGGCCUCAACACAUAGGUCUGGUGUGAUUCAUAAGUAUAAUUCACCAAAUCACAUACAUCUUACUAGUGAGAAAAACUUCACCUUUUGACAUGGAAUAUUUUCUAAUGGAUGUCAAGAUGUGCCGAAAGAGAAUUUUGGUGUGGUUAGACUCACCAAUUUUGGUGUGGUUAGACAUAAUUUAUUGACUUGUUAUCACAUUCUGACACAUUCAAUGAGAUCAGUAUCCCUGUGCCACACUGGAGAUCAUAGGCCUACUUCAAAUGCUGCCCCUCCCUUGUUUAUUUGGUUCCACCCCCUCAAACGGAAACAGUUUCUGAUUCUCCCACUCAUCACCCACAACACUCAUAAAGGACUUUGAUUAGCUCCAAUGGGAAGUCGAAGAGUGCAAAUGGCGAGUCCAGGCAGGAAGCGAUGCAGGAGGAUGGCUGAGUUACAAGCUAUCACUGUACCUCAACAAGUCUCUCAAGGAGAUGAGCUUCUGAAGCACCACCUGUUAAAAAUGCUGGUAACUGACCUGCUGCCCUUUAGCAAAGUGAAAGACGUGGGCUUUCGAGCCUUCUGCCGGGGCCUGAACCCGACCUUUGACCCGCCGUCCUCCGCGCUGUGGGUGCGCACAGAGCUCCAGAGCGUGUACGAGUACAUCAAGGCUGAGGUGCAUAACAUGCUGCAGUCGGUCCCAGAGGUGGCUCUGACCGCUGAGAUGUGGACACACACCUCGGAGGGCGUCUACUUGACGGUCAGCUGCCACUUCAUCGAUCGCUACUGGAAGCGGCGGAACUGCCUGCUGGAGACGGUGGCUUUAGGCUCGGACAGAGAUGCGGCCCACGUGGUCGAGCAGCUUCUGAAGACGUCUAGCGACUGGGGCAUCGCUGAGAAGGUCAAGGUGGUCGUGUCCAACGUGAAAAGCAAAGACAGCAUGACGGAAAGUUGCGAGGCCAAAGGCUGGGUGCACAUGCGCUGCUUCGUGUGCACUCUGGACAUUGUGUUCCGUGAGGCGCUCGCCCAGCUCGACGAGCCGUCGUGGCGCAUGCCGCUGCUCCUGCGCAAGUGUCGUGCCAUCGUGCGCUUCUUCCAGCAGGACCGCGAUGCCCAGCGGCAGCUCCGUGCCAACCAGGAGAACCUGAAUCUCAGCCCACUGCGGCUCGUCCAGGCUGCCGCGGACGACACAUGGCUGGACGUGGGCACCAUGCUCCAGCGGUUGUCCCAGCAGCGAGACGCCAUCAACCUGGUGCUCCUGCAGCAUGUCAAGGAGGACCUCUGGCUGAACGAUCGCGAUAUGGAAAAAAUAAAUUCUGUACUAGCUGCUCUGCAGCCCCUCAGGGACACGGCAAAGGUGAUGGUGAGCGACGGGUACGAGUCACUCUCCAACAUCAUCCCGCUCGUCGACAACCUGCAGAAGUCAAUGACCCGGCUGUCCGAGGAUGGCAAUCAGGUGGCCAAGGCGCUGGCAGACGUCUGCAUGAGGCUCUUCGGCCACGCGGGGGACAACCGCUGGAUGGCCUUGAGCACUGCGAUGGACCCGCGCUUCAAGAACAUCAUGCUCUUCAGCAGCAGGGCGCAGACGAUCGAACAGAAACUCCAAGCGGAGCUGAAAGUUCUGUGCCCGAGUAAAGACGCCAGUCCAUUGGGCUUUGGGACAGAAGAAGUGGACGCGAUACUGACGGAGUACAAGAGCACCAACACGAUGGUCAGAGAUCAGAACCCGCUCGACUUUUGGAGACUGCCCAGGGGGUUUAAGAAGCUAAGCCACGUCGCACGUAAGUAUCUUACAGUCGUGUCGACGGCCGUCCCUCUACAGAGGGCCUUCAACCCAGAAAUUUCCAGAAGGGUGCACCACAGCAGGUGUCACCUGGAGCCUGAGAACGUGAACUUGAUGAUGUUCCUGAAUGGACACUGGUCCAUCGAGAGCAGUAACUCACCAGAGUCAGAUUAAAUUUUGUUUUCAUACCUUUUA